AUGACGUUUACGUUCCCAUACCUUUUGAAAUGGGUGUGCUCAUGGCAUGCGUAUCAAGGGUUAAGAGUGAAAAGGAGUGCGAGGAAAUGCAAAAGUAAUCAGCAUGAGAUGCUGAGCCGUCGCCUGUUCCUUCUUUUCAACGCUGCUAAAUAUCCCUACUUCUGCGUGCUACUUCUAGUUCCAGCUUUGUUUAUCUCCCUGCAUGGCCUCCGCCUUUUGUCUUGCAUACGCUGCUCAUCUGCAUCUGUCCCUUCACAUUACUACGCUUCACGCUCGCCCCAUUGCGAAGGAUGUUCGCUUGCUUUCAACCGCAAUUAUCAAGCUAACCCCCCCCCCCCCCCCCCCACUCACGCCUAUUGCAUGCACGCUUGUCUGAAUUCGCGAUCAUUUGCAAUCUCGCUGCUGUCUGCAUUGUUCAAUCGUGUAUACGUACCGCACUCUGCGACCACUGCCGACAACGUUUCUCCAGGAAGCAUCAUCUCGAGAGGCACAUCCAAAACAUUCACGAGGGCCAAUGUCCCUGGACAUUGCGUGCCUCACUGCCUUUCACCAAAAACCAAAUCUUGGUAA